AUGGGUCUAAUUGGAGGCAUGUACGGCAUUGCUUCUGUAGCAGGCCCGCUCAUGGGAGGUGCUUUUACAGAUCACGUCACAUGGCGCUGGUGCUUCUACAUCAAUCUGCCUUUUGGCUUGGUGACGGCCGUUUUUAUCAUUAUCUUCUUCAAGAGUCCAAACACCAGUUCCAACAAUACUUCAACAUUUCUACAGCGAUUGCAGAUGAUGGAUCUGGAAGGUACUACACUGUUCGUUCCGGGAGUUGUAUGCCUUUUGCUUGCAUUACAAUGGGGUGGCACAACAUACGCAUGGCAGAGUGGCCACAUCAUUGCUCUUUUUUCGGUCUUCGGAAUUUUGGCUUUUUGCUUUGUCUGGGUCCAGAUCUGGAAACAAGAAAAUGCCACAGUCCCUCCCCGAGUCUUCAAAAAUCGCAAUGUGUGGGGCUGCGCACUCUUUGGUGCGUUCUUAGGAUCUUCCUUCUUCGUGAUGGUUUUCUACGUACGAAAAUACAUUUACCCCCAGAAAAGUGACAUGGAUCUGAUAGCUCAGCAGACACCUAUUUGGUUCCAGGCGAUUAAAGGUGCAUCGGCCGUCAAGUCCGGGAUCAUGAAUCUACCCAUGAUUCUUUCUUUGGUUAUCAUGUCUAUUGCCACCGGUGGUAUCGUCACCGUGGUUGGCUAUUAUACCCCUUUCAUGCUGAUGUCGUCAAUUCUGAUGAGUGUUGGGGCAGGCAUGAUUUCUACAUUCAAGGUCGACAGCGGUACCGCGCAGUGGAUUGGAUAUCAGAUCCUCUUUGGCCUCGGCGUUGGUAGUGGUAUGCAACAGACUAUGGUUGCCGUUCAGGUCUGUCUGCCGUCUGUCGAUAUUCCUACAGGCACCGCCAUUAUGAUGUUCUCGCAGUCUUUGGGUGGUGCCCUCUUUAUCUCUGUUGCCCAGAACGUCUUCCAGAAUCAGCUCGUAACAAAUAUUUCUGCCGCCCAUAUUAGAGGUCUUGAGCCGUCAAUGAUUAUUCACACUGGCGCCACGGAAAUCCAAACAACGAUACCUCAGAAGUUUUUGCCAGUAGUGCUGGCAGCUUACAAUACUUCUUUGACACAUGCUUUCUAUGUGUCAGUCGCCAUGGCAUCACUGUCUAUAGUUGGUGUCCUCUUUGUUGAAUGGAAGUCAGUCAAAAGGGGUGAAGAGUGA